CUGAUCUGCACCGCUCUCUCGCAAUCCGAAAGGUUUCCCGAACCAUCUCUUUGCUGCUCUACAUAUACGACUCUAUAAUCAUCUUGCAAGGCUUUUUCUCUGUACCUCAGCUGCCUUCGUAACAAGCGUAGAAGAAGAAGAUCCCUUUUUGAUAGUGCUAAUGGCUGAAGAUGGACCCAACUGGGAAGGAUUGCUCAAAUGGAGCCUCGCUCACACCGAUGGUACUCGCCCCACUCGCAAUCUAAGUGAGGGGGAUCGAAAAUGGUUCAUGGAAGCUAUGCAAGCACAGAGUGUUGAUGUGAUUAAGCGCAUGAAAGAGAUUACUCUGGUUAUGCAAACUCCUGAGCAAGUCUUGGAGGCUCAAGGAGUUUCUCCGGGUGAUAUUGAAGAUAUGUUGGAUGAGCUGCAAGAGCACGUCGAGUCUAUCGACAUGGCCAACGACCUGAACUCAAUUGGUGGUUUGGUUCCUCUUCUUGGUCACCUGAAAAGCCCCCAUGCAAACAUUCGAGCAAAGGCUGCAGAAGUUGUAACAACUAUUGUCCAGAACAACCCCCACAGUCAAAAACUAGUCAUGGAAGCAAAUGGCUUAGAACCUCUCCUUUCUAAUUUUUCUUCGGACCCUGAUGUAACUGCUCGAACCAAAGCACUUGGGGCAAUAUCUUCUUUAAUCCGGCACAACAAACCAGGAAUCACGGCAUUCCGUCUAGCAAAUGGUUAUGCAGCCUUGAGGGAUGCUUUAGGUUCCGAGAGUGUGAGAUUUCAAAGGAAAGCCCUCAAUUUGAUCCAUUACCUGAUACAUGAAAAUAGUUCAGAUUGCAAUGUAGUCAGCGAGCUAGGAUUUCCUCGCAUAAUGAUGCACCUUGCCUCAAGUGAAGAUGCAGAGGUACGAGAAGCUGCCCUUCGGGGCCUUCUCGAGCUUGCUCGAGACAAGACAAAGGGGGACGAUGGCAGACUAGGUGAAGAAGAUGAGAAAUUGAAGCAAGUUCUACAAGAACGGAUCAAUGGUAUUACCUUGAUGUCACCAGAAGAUCUUGGGGCUGCUAAGGAUGAGAGGCAUCUUGUAGACUCGCUGUGGAAUACCUGUUACAAUGAGCCAUCCUCUCUGCGAGAGAAGGGGCUUCUUGUUCUUCCUGGGGAAGAUGCACCCCCGCCCGAUGUUGCCAGCAAGCAUUUUGAACCUCCUCUUAGAGCGUGGGCGGCAAACCCUUCUGCUGAUAAGAGCCCCAGUGAUAAAAAGAAAGAGACUCCUUUGCUUUUAGGGCCAGGUCCUCCUCCUGAGACUGCAGACAGUCGGAAUAACUCGGGUGCAGGAGAGGAUUCCAAUGGACAGUUGAAUAGAUAAAGCUAGAAAAGAUGCGAAUGGACAGUGAAUAGAUAGAACUGGUAUGUGGUUCAGUUAGAUUUUAGCUUUAUUGAACUGGUAUGUGGUUCAGUUAGCUUUUAGCUUUGUUGUGUGGGAUUUUUUGUUAUCCCCUGUUGCAUCUGUACAUUUUGGUGUGUACUUUUUCCUCACAUCUACCUCCUGGUUUGUCUGCACUCAUGGAUUUAGGGAAUGUAUGCCAUAAUUUUCACUUGCCUUUGCUUUAAUUUGAUAUAAUAUCUUUCAGUGAAGUCCGGUAUCCUGAAAUUAUGUGACA